UCGAUGAUCGAAAAAAUUAAUCAAACGUUUUGGCUGUGCUGUGCGGUCGUCAUACAAAAACUUAACACUAGCGAAAAGUAGUGAAAAAGUGCGAAAUACGCAGAGAUUCCAGGUUUUACCGUAAUCAAAAAGUGUCCAAUCGGAGUAAAUUUAACGUUAAAAGGGAAAGUGAAGUGUCUGAAAGGCAAAACGCGAGGAUUUGUGGUUCCGCCCGGAAGCAGCCUGCUGUGCGCCGUAUAAUCUGUUGAUUUUUUUUCACUAUCGUGGUCGUAACAAUAUUCCGGAUUACGGUUUUAGUCGCCGUAGUCGUCUGAGGACAGGGAGUUGGAAGUUAGGCUAUAAGUAGUCCGAAAAACGUCACACAAAACAAUGGAGAAGAGAAUAGCGCUGGAAAAACGCGGACUCCCCGAUGACAAGAUCACCGAACUCAUCCUGGACAACUGCCGCAGCACCAGUAUCGAAGGCCUUACCGAUAGCUUCAAAGCGCUGGAAGUGCUCAGCCUGAUCAACGUCGGACUAGUGUCACUGAAGAGCUUCCCCAAGCUGCCGGCCCUCCGCAAGCUGGAACUGUCGGACAACCGCAUCCACAACGCCCUGAGCCACCUCACCGGUAGCCCCAAGCUGACACACCUGAACCUGUCCGGCAAUCGGAUCAAGGACUUCGAAGAGCUACAACCGCUGAAGGAGCUGGAAAACCUCGAAGUACUGGAUCUGUUCAACAAUGAGGUGACAAUGACCCCCAACUAUCGGGACAAAAUCUUCGAGCUGAUCCCCUCGCUGAAGUAUUUGGACGGAUUCGACAAAGAUGACGCCGAGGCACCAUCAGACGAAGAAGACGAAGCUAACGGUGCCACUGAAGAUGAUGAAGAUAGGGCAUGUUUCUCCAUCAAUGGCAUCGACAUCGAUCUGAACGAACUGGAAGCGUUUGAGUCGCGUCUGAAACAGAAACGGGCUGAGCCUUCGAGUGAAGUCAACGGCCUGGAGUCCCAGCUUGGUCAGUUGGAGCUUAGGAAUUCAGAAGAUGUUGAUGUAGCCACCGAAGCACCCAAAGACGAUCUGGAUGAAUUGUACGAGGAAAUUCAGAGGAGACGAAAAGAAGAUGAACAAAAAUCCAAAAUGCAGCAAUCCGAUCCGUGUAGUGGCAGUGCGAAUCCGGUUUCGUUGGGAUCGCUUUUGUUGGCCUUUCUUUCCCUACUAGCCUUUAUCAAUCAGAUUUGCUACGUGCAAGGCGACCGGCAGCAACUGAUCGAUCACGAUCCCGAUCUAGAUGAUUCCUCCGACUACGAUGAGGAAGACGAGGACGACAAUGAUGUUUCGUUAGCUGAUGUUUACAAUGAAAAUCUCGAGGAAGAUGGAUCCGACUGGAAUGAGGAGGAUGGGGAGGUCGAUGAAGACUUCGAUGAGCCCACCGAUGAGGAUGAAGACGACGGCGAAGGUGAAGCCGCAGCGGAGAACGCCGGAUCCGACAGUGAAGCUGGCGAGGAAUCCGAAGCAAGGGGAAAGAAACGAAAACUUGAAGGUAACGAUGGUUAAACCGUUUCCCGUUCCCAAUUAAAAAAACAUCCCCUUUUACUUUAAUUAUUGGUAAUUCUAAGGAUAAGUUUCGACUGUAAGGAUACAAAAUAUUAUAAACUCUCCGCAAGGAAGACAAGUAUAAAUGAACCCCCCCAACACACAAAAUUACAGUAAAUUCCAGAACCGGUAGCAUAACAGGAUAGUAAAUCUUACACUAACACACAACACACAUGUCUCACAAAUGCUAGCACCCCUUGAAGAAAUAAACUCACAGUUAGACAGUGAUCAAAUAUGGUAGACGGGAGACAUGCACCACUCCGGUUGAGUAAAACAAAAAAAAACAGUUUAUACAGGAACGCAUCUGUGGGUGGGUGCGAUUUUUACGCAUCCGGCGCAGUUUGUAGAGACAGCAAGCGAAAUGUUAUUCUAAACUAUCUGGUAUGAUUGAAGGAUUCUAAAAGUGGAGAAAUGUAUAGUUUUGACAAACUUCAAGCCAACAGUACCUUGAUGAGUUAUUUUCCCUUUCAUUCUUAGAGAACCCAUUUUUGUCGGUAUAUUCUAGCAUAUAAAUAGCCAAAAAUCAAACAAGUCAAUAGUUGGGCGCCAAGUUGCCACAGUUAAUAUCCUGUCGGCAGUGCAGGAACAACAUUACUCAAUUCCAAAAGCAGCGCUAUAAGCAGGCAACAAUGUGUGAAAAGUGGUAUUGACCAUCGUUUGUUGAAUGUUAACUUAUUAAGCACUCGUGUAUUGUUCAUAUAACAGGAACUCCGAUGAGGUUAUUCAACACAUCCUCCUUGCGCUAUCUUUCAAAGACCGUUUCUGUUACUAUUAUCCGUAAAUAGUAAGUCAGUUAAAACGAAUCGCCUGUAAGUUCUUUCAAUUUCCGUCAUCUCCUGCUAAAUUCUUCCAAAAUGCUCAUUCCUUGACUGGUAGAACAAAACAAAAUACAUGAAACUUUGAAUAUGAUAUACAUACAUACAGAAACACCCAAAUGAGCAACCUAGUGUGAAUGGAAAGAAGUAUAUACAGACCAGAAAUCAGUGCUAUAUUAUACACAAUACAAACACUUGGGUCAGGAGUCCACUGCAAAGCGGUGAACUUUCGAAGGGAUGUGGAGAUUUACACUCACUCGAAAGAGAACCAGAGAGAUACAAAAAAAUAGCAAAACUUUGAAAAAACAAAAAUUGAAGUAAAAAAAUCUACCCAAAAAGCGUCGAUCACUCGGCGAAACAUGGUAAAAAUCAAGAUGAAAACAAGAAGCAAAAUUUAUAAAAUUAACAGAAGUAUUUGUUUAAAUAAAAAAGUAAAUGAAAAUUUGAA